UCCGUUCCUGGUUUUGCUGCUCCGCUCAUCGCAGCGUAUACCUUCCCAGACUCUCUCAACACUCCAGCAUUGCUGUGCAAGCAGAUGUUUCCUCUCCGGUGCCAAUUCUUACAAUUUUCGCAUUUGGAGAAGGUGUUCUUUCGCGCGAAAGGCUGCAAAGUGACAAGAAGCAAGAGAAACUGCCCCCCUCCUCGGCUUACUGAGAGGGCAGAGUUGUGAGCGGAGUGCGGCUUUGGAGUAAUACAGUAGCCUAUAGAGAACCCGCGGCGGCGAGCAAGGGAGCAGCUUAUUCACCACACCUGUGAUGCGUUGUUCAGAGCAACGAGGACGCACGACCGGGAUGCUGAUGGCCACAGUACGGCAGAAGGAUAUGUGUUGAGGAAAAGACUUGGGCGUUGUGAAAAAGGCGUUAAGUGCUACAGAGGACACUCUUCGGACCUUAAAAAGCCCAGCGUGCCAGUGUUUCUCCUCUGCUCCCUGCCUUUUGAAACUUAGGCGAUAAAAAAAACACGAAGAUGCCCUUACUUCGGGGCCCCUUUGUCCGCUGUUGGUUCAGCGCUACGCUCCUUAUGCUCUGGCUCGUCUUCGCUGGCUUUACCUGCACUGGUUCCGAGCAUGUCGCCACAGCAACACUUCCUGCCGCCUUCUCUGACCUGUUACCUCACUUCCUGGUGGAGCCAGAGGACGAGUACAUUGUGAAGAACAAGCCGGUGACACUGACCUGCCGCUCCACCCCUGCCACGCAGAUCUACUUCAAGUGCAACGGCGAGUGGGUUCACCAGGAUGACCACAUGAUUGACCGGACAGUUGACCCAGCAUCAGCGCUGCCAGUCAUGCAGGUGACUAUUGAGAUUACCAGACAGCAGGUGGAGAAGAUCUUUGGUCUUGACGAGUACUGGUGUCAGUGUGUCGCCUGGAGCACCACCGGAACCCAGAAGAGCCAAAAGGCGUACAUCAGGAUUGCUUACCUGAGAAAGAACUUUGAGGAGGAGCCGCAGGGUAAAGAGGUGGCAUUGGACCAGGAGGUGUUACUGCGCUGCCAUCCCCCCGAGGGAGUGCCACAAGCCGAGGUGGAGUGGCAGAGAAACGAGGAUGUUGUCAACCCAGCGAGUGACCCCAAUUUUUUCAUCACGGCCGACCAUAAUCUCGUCAUCAAAAAAGCCCGGCUGGCGGACACAGGCAACUACACGUGUGUGGCCAAAAACAUUGUUGCUCGCCGCAAAAGCACCUCUGCCACGGUCCUAGUCUAUGUUAACGGCGGCUGGUCCACGUGGACCACCUGGUCGUCCUGCAGUGCUGUGUGUGGGCGUGGCUGGCAGAAGAGGAGUCGGAGCUGCACCAACCCCACGCCACUGAAUGGAGGCACAUCCUGUGAGGGGCAGAACGUCCAGAAAAGUGCCUGCGUGGCCACCUGUCCAGUGGACGGAGGUUGGAGCGAGUGGAGCAAGUGGUCUGCGUGUGGUGCAGACUGUUCGAUGUGGAGGAGCAGGGAGUGCACCCAGCCCUCACCUGGCACCGGGGGCAAAGACUGCCAGGGGCUCGACCUUCAGUCUCUCAACUGUACCAGCGAGCAAUGCCCGCAGACUGUGAGCGGGGCCGAGGACGUGGCACUCUACGUGGGCAUGGUGGCAGUGGCUCUGUGUCUGACUCUGCUGCUCAUUGUGGUGGUCCUGGUCUACCGGCGCAAGAAGGAGGGCCUGGAUGCCGACGUGGCGGACUCCUCCAUCCUCACCACUGGCUUCCAGCCCAUGGGCAUCAAGCCCAGCAAGCCAGAGAAUUCCCAUUUGCUCACCAUCCAGCCUGAUCUAACUACCACCACCACCAGUUACCAAGGCACCCUACGUUCUCGCCACGAUGCCACUGGGAAAUUUUCAAUGACCAAUGGGCCUCUGCUGGACCCGCUUCCCAACGGCUCGCACACUCUGCACAACGGCAAGCUUAACUCAGACCCUGCUGAGUUUGUGAGCAGGCUGUCCACUCAGAGCUACUUUAAAACGCUGCCCCGCGAUGUAGCUAACACCUCCUAUGGGACCUUCAAUUUCCUCGGUGGGAGGCUGACGAUCCCAAACACAGGAAUCAGUCUGCUCAUUCCUCCCGAGGCCAUCCCCAGAGGAAAGAUCUAUGAGAUUUAUCUCACUGUUCAGAGGAAGGAAGACUUAAGGUUACCCCUGGCUGGUUGCCAGACCCUGCUCAGCCCCGUUGUGAGUUGUGGCCCUCCGGGGGUGGUCCUGAGCCGGCCAGUUAUCCUCAGCAUGGACCACUGCUUUGACGCAUGCCUCGAUAACUGGGCCGUCCGCCUCAAGAAGCAGAACUAUGAGGGCGCUUGGGAGGACGUCCUGCUGAUGGGGGAGGAGCUGGUGUCGGAGCCCUAUUACUGCCAGCUCGAGGCGGAGACGUGCCGGCUUUUCUCGGAGCAGCUGGGUACUCUCGCCCUGGUGGGAGAGUCCCUGCACAUGGGUGCUGCCAAGCGCCUGAGGCUGGUGCUCUUCUCUGAUGCGUACUGCUCCACACUGGAGUACAACAUCAGGGUCUACUGCAUGGACGACACACAGGACGUCUUCAAGGAGGUCAUGCAGAUGGAGCGGCAGCUCGGGGGUCGGCUGAUUGACGAGCCUCACAUCCUACUUUUCAAAGACAGCUACCACAACCUGCGCCUGUCCAUCCAUGACAUGCCCCAGGCGCACUGGAGGAGCAAACUGCUAGCCGGCUACCAGGAGAUCCCGUUCUACCACAUCUGGAACGGUUCCCAGCGGUACCUACACUGCACAUUCACUCUGGAGCGGCUCAGUCUCAGCACCUGUGAGCUCACCUGCCAGCUGUGUGUGUGGCAGGUGGAGGGGGAGGGACAGAGCUUUAGCCUUGACUUUAACAUUGCCAAGGACACCCGAGCUGUGGACUCUGAGUUUCUGUUAAUGGACAAUAACGCCACAGCUCUGGCAGGGCCCAGCGCCUUUCAGAUCCCGUACCUCAUCAGGCAGAAGAUCUGCAGCAGCCUAGAUGCCCCCUGUCCCAACGGAGCCGACUGGAGAAUGCUAGCACAAAGACUUAAACUUGAGAGACACAUGAGUUUCUUUGCAUCCAAAGCGAGCCCAACCUCUGUGAUCCUGGACCUGUGGGAGGCACAACAUUUCCACAGCGGCAACAUCAACCAGCUGGCCACGGUCAUGGCCGACAUUGGCAAACAGGAAGCCAUGAUAUUCCUGGUCUCUGAUGGCGAGUGCUAACCCAGAAAAGGGGGAGAGACUGGUGCAGAGGAAGAGAUCAGAACACGACAACACACACACACAAAAAAACCCAACAGUAACUGCAGCCAUCGAAGAGCAGAGCUGUCCCAAUGUCCCUCUUCACUUCAGAAGAUAGUAAAGGGUUUAUGUAAGACUGAGUCCCUAUUUCCCAUCGAACAGUAAAACCCUUUUAAUGACGGAGCAAACGAGGGACCAGUGGAGUUUGGGUGUGUGCGGCGGAAAUGUAUUCAUGAACUCAGUACAGAAAAUACCCUUUAUUUUCCAUCAGUGAUUAAGUUAAAUUAGUCCACACCCUGGUUCUACUUUAAAGAUAACAUUAAAUUAAUUUCAUGUCUUUUAUAUGAAUAGGCCAGUUAUGACUAAUAAGGAGCGAUAUGCAAACGUAAUGCCCAAUACUGCAAAUUCAAUGAAUCAUUUUUGGACUUGGAUUAAACAAAAUGAUGGAUGACAUAUUAAAUAUUAGAUAAAAAGGGAUGUGACAAAAUGUGCCGGUAACUUUGGGUUAAACAGGCGACAUAUGCAAUUGGCACGUUCAUUAUAUGGCAUUAUGACUUAGAUGCUGAACACAGUUCAUCUCAUAUGCGUCAUUUCUUAACUAACACACACACACACACACACACACGGCUUGUAGCACAUCCUGGACUUGCAGGUUUAAAAAUAGAUUGUAUGUCAAGAAGCCCCAAAAACUCCGUCUCAUCUUGUUUGUGUUUUUUAGUCCAGCCGGUAUCACUACUGUGAAUGUAACAUCUUGACAUCUUGAUCCAGCGAGACGCUUCACAGCUUUCCUGCUUCUAAAUCAAUAUGUGGGGUUUGUUUUGUUUUUUUUAACUUUUCUGAGGGGGGUUGAGUAAUAUCUUCACUAAAAGGCAUAUUUCAGAAGCCAUUCCUAUUUAAAGCCUGUGAUUUUGAUCCGUCCAGUUUAUGUCACGUCUUUCAUUACCCCAGUUGUUCAUUGUGGCGUUUUUCUAUUUCAAAUUCCACAGCUAAUGAAGGAGCCAUAGGGCUGAAAGGCGUUCCAGCUGCAUAUAUGUGAACUAUGAAUGUCGUCAAAACUCAUUUCUAAAAUGACAUUUUCCCCCUGAUUACAUUCAUUCUGUGGCAGAGGAUGUUAAACAUAAAAGCAUGGCCAAAAGGGUUCUUUUCCCAUAUGAAUAAUAUACAGCACUUUCCAACAACAAAUUCUUCAAAAUUGUCACCAGAUUUCUCACGUUGAAAGGGUCAUCGUGCAUGUGUGUAUAAUUCAUAAAGCAAUGUUGGUGGGAAUUAUAUUAUAUUUGCUGUGUGGCAAACAGUAUUUCCACAUCAGAGAAACGCCCGUCUCAGAGAAAGUUAAGAGUGGCUUAUUCCUAAUGUCACGCCUUCGCUCAAAAGAUGCUUAGAAAACGUUUUCCCCAUUUCAUUUCUAGCCAGGAUGGCAAAAAUGAUCUAGCAGAUGCAACAAACUAUGAACUGCAACUACGCAGUGGCUUAUCAUAUCUAUAUCUUUGCAUUAAUUUACAGUGUUCUUUAUUUUUUAUUAAUGGAUCUGUGAGGUCAGGCAACAUAAAUACACAGUAUCUUUAAAGCCCACUGUUUCAGUAAUUAACCUUUGGAAAGGUGUGAGCAAUCCUAAAUUAGCCAUAGUUCUCUCUCAGUCUGCCUCAGGGUUGCAUGUGAAGUUGUCUGUUAAAGUUGUAAAGAGAGCCCUUUUCAUUAAACCCCUUCUUAUACAAACUAACACAGCCCAUCCUACCAGCUCCUGUGGCUUCAACCUUUAACACUAACUGGAGCCUCUUUUAUGAUUGUCAGAUAUUAGAAUGUACAUUUGUUUCCGGGGGGGGGGGAGUGGAGUAUUUCUUUACUUUUUUUCUUUUACCCUUUUUUAAGUCUUAGACGUUACCUUGUUUUGUGUGGUAUCUCAGCACCUGGUAGUUCUUCAGCCUCUUUUUCAUCCCACACGCCUCCUCCUGCCAAACCUGUUUUUACAAACCCCUGUCCUAUUUGAUGUAGAGAUGCCAUGAAAUAACAUGUUACCUUUUUUAUUAUUAGAAACCCUUGGAUUAAGCCCCUUUCAAACAAAAUGGCGAUAUCAACUUAAAUAAAUCUUUUCAUGUUGAAAUGGAUCAUCGCCACAUGUAAUAUGUAAAUACUUUUUCUAUACCAGCCACGUGCUGUCACUUUGCAUACUGUAUAUCAGCAAAAUUGGUAACCAAAGUUUUAUGAAUAUCAGUUGAGGCCACUACAUCCUCAUAUUGUAUCCAUUCAAUAUUGUUUCAGCAUUAUUUUACUUGCAACUAGUAUAGAAUAAGUCAGAGUUGCUGUCUCUUCUAAACUGUGGAUUUAAAGUCCAAAUAAUUUCUUUGUCCAAUUUCCUCGCUUUUGUCUUUGAGGCAAGUUAAUGCUGUCUGUUCAAGCAGUAAUGUCAGUUUAUUUUAUCACUUUGUAAAGAAAUGUAAAUUAUAUUUUAAUAUGAAGCCAAAAAAAGACACUUAACUGGCGCAGCAUUUGUCAAGUCUAAACCGUGACGUGUUUGCCUAUAUACUGUUCUUUGGCGAUCUAGCAGUGAAGACUUUUUGCAGUGUUAAGGGUUUAGAGACUGUUUUACAGGAAGUUUCUAUACAUAUUUUGUUUGUCCUUACUCUGCAUAUGUCUACCUGAUUAUUGCUCUAACUGUAAGCAUUUAAGUACAAGGUGGAAAUAGUCACUAACGCUUAGUGAAUCACAACACUGGGACUAUACGGGGGCUAAUCGGAGAAAGAGGCCAUCAGUUCUUGGUCACCGAAAAGCCAGUGUGAACACAGCACGCUUAGAUGAGCCAUGGCAGUUGUACAGUCAGACUGCGUGCAAAAUUUUUAUCACCUGUCAUUGUCUUGGAUGUGUUGUCUAAGCACAUUUCAGUAAUGUAAUUCACCAGCCACCAGGAUGUUCAGCAUCCAUCUUCACAUCUUUCUUGUCCAACAACUCUAACAAAUCUGCAAUUAGUGUGUGUUUGUGUGAUGAAUACUGUCCCCUUCAUGGUGAAAUCUGGGCCUGCUCGUUCUUUGUAAGACUCGUGUCAGUAACAUACAUGCUUUGUUCAAAGGUUUGUAAGUUUACCCCAUGAGUUAUGAGGGAAAAAUUGUUGCAUCUUAUAUGUACUUUUUGUGUCACUCAUUACUAUUCAGUGUCAAGGACGUGUGUGUGUGUGUGUGUGUGUGUGUGUGUGUACCUCCCCGUCACUCUGACUGAACAGUUUUCUUUCUGAACUAAGAACAAUAGACUUCUGUACUUGUGAAUGGUUUUUCUAUUUAGUUCCUUGCCUUUCUGCAAGUCAAAAAUGCUGUAUUUAUUACAUGCCACAGCGCUUAUGCAAUUGUAUAAUCCUUUUGUUGUUGUUUUUUUUAACCUUUUGUGUUACUUAUCGUUAAUGUAAAUUGUCGUCAAACCUUUUGUGGCAAUGGGAAAACUCCUAAGGGAGAUUUUCUGUACUUUUUGGACAAUGAUAUGGAUUUGUGGGUAGAAUUUUGGAAAUUCGUUUCUAAGUGCUUUCAAGUAUUUACUUGGCCUUAUGUAUAUAUAUAUCUAUGACAUUUCAGAAAGGUAUGUAUAGUAAUUCAACCUGAAAUUGUUGUAAAUAAAUUAUAUAUUGUUAAA